CUUACUGCGUUGUGUGCUGACAGCCGUUUCCAGGAAGGAAGUAUCUCGCUAGCUGUAUCAGAUAGCUAGCCAUGUUUUUUGCGUUGUAGUCAGAGCCAGUAACGUUAAUGUAGUGUCAGAAAAAAAAUAGUUUAUACCUCAGACUCACAGAAAAGUAGAUCUUUCAGACACGUCCUUUUUAGAUCUCUGUAACAGAAACCCCAAGUGGAUAUUAGCUAGCUAGCAAGCAAACGGAUUGUCAACGCUGGUAGUGUUAGAUGACACUAGCUAGCGUGUGCUAACUAGUGUGUGUAGUCAGCGACUUUGCAACUAACUAGCUAUCUUGAAAAGUCCACUUACAUAAAAGCUAGUGACAGUAGACUUUUGAGUGUGUUUAAAUCAACGCUUUCCCACAGCAACCCAAAUCAGAAAAUACCACAGGACCUUGAUUACCAACUGCAGGACAAGGUUUAACCUUUUGGGGAGCUUUAGGUUUCUCUCCCCAUGACAACGCGACACUAUGACAACGGCAGCUCCAGUAGCGAUGCCGAGUGCCAAGGCUUGGAGGAUGAGAGCAGCAUGGACAAUGUGGAGCUUGCCGAGCUUGGACCACUGCUGAGUCUAGAAAAGGCUAUAAAGCUCAGAAAGGGUGCGACAGCAUUCCCAGGUGCAGAUGUUGGUGAUGAUGACAGUGACAAAGAGGAGGAGGAGGAGGAGGAGGAAGACUUGCGGAUUGUCACACUGCCUUUGCAAGCGCACCAUGCAAUGGAAAAGAUGGAGGAGUUUGUACAUAAGGUAUGGGAAGGACGUUGGCGAGUGAUCCCUUUUCACUUGCUUCCUGACUGGCUGAAAGAUAAUGACUACCUACUUCAUGGUCACCGCCCACCCAUGCCAUCAUUCCGAGCCUGCUUCAGAAGCAUCUUCAGGAUCCAUACAGAAACGGGGAACAUCUGGUCACACUUACUGGGGCUGAUUCUCUUCCUGUGUCUGGGCACUCUGACCAUGCUGAGGCCGAAUGUGUCCUUCAUGGCUCCCUUGCAGGAGAAGGUGGUGUUCGGCAUGUUUUUCCUGGGUGCUGUGCUCUGUCUCUGCUUCUCUUGGCUCUUCCACACUGUCUACUGCCAUUCAGAGAAAGUAUCCAGAACAUUCUCUAAGUUGGACUACUCUGGCAUAGCUCUGCUCAUAAUGGGCUCAUUCGUGCCGUGGCUCUAUUACUCGUUCUACUGUUCUCCACAGCCAAGGCUCAUCUACCUCUCUGUGGUGUGUGUGCUGGGCAUCUCUGCCAUUAUUGUGGCACAGUGGGACCGCUUUGCCACGCCACGCCACCGACCUACACGUGCAGGUGUGUUCCUUGGCCUGGGGCUUAGUGGAAUCAUUCCCACAAUGCACUUUACGAUCACUGAAGGCUUUGUGAAGGCCACAACAGUGGGCCAGAUGGGCUGGUUCAUCCUAAUGGCUGCCAUGUACAUCACUGGAGCUGGCCUCUAUGCUGCACGCAUCCCUGAACGCUUCUUCCCUGGGAAAUGUGACAUCUGGUUUCAGUCUCAUCAGAUAUUCCAUGUGCUGGUUGUGGCUGCAGCAUUCAUUCACUUCUAUGGCAUCUCCAACCUGCAGGAGUUUCGCUAUGGCCUCGGAGGUGGCUGCACAGAUGAUUCCCUCCUCUAAACCAUGCCAUCAUCCCUACUACAUCCUACUAAAUUCUUUCCCUACUGCUUUCCCCAUCAUCAUGUCCCUCUUUCUCAGCACUGGAGUGCCGAUUGAACCCUUUUGGAACAGUCACAGCCAGAAGCAGCCAGUGCAUCCAAAGUGAACAAAGAUCAAAGCCUGUACUGACUAAUAUUUGUUAUUGAUUUUAAGGGUGAUGACGACAUGUUUGUGAUCACAUGUUUUAUCAUUGAAAAUACUUGAACGUUUUUGAUGAACAAAAAUCUCAGAUCUGUGUUUAGUGUUCACAGUUCAAAAUGUUUUUAAAAGUGCAUCUUGGGACAUUUUUAGUGAUAGAUCACUGACAGCUGUCUGAGCAGCACUACCUCUUUUUCUCUGAUCCAGUCUCUGCACACUGUCAUUUAAGCAUGCUUCACAUCUGUGAGCAGGAACUAUUGGUUUGGGGAACUAUAAUUUAUCUAAUUUUACAAAACCAGAACUUUAUAAAAAAUGGUUAUAAAAUGGGAAUGUUGUUCAUUGGCUGUAAAUAUUGUCAUAUGAUGUAAAGAUUGUGGCAAAACUAAUUUUCUUAGAUAAAAUUUGGUUGUUGGAAGUUUUCCUGUAAA